AUGUCAUUGCCUAAUGACACUCAGUUUCGUCCUUCUUCAUUCCUCCUGGUGGGCAUCCCAGGACUGGAAGAUGUGCACAUCUGGAUUGGAUUCCCCUUCUUAUUUGUGUAUCUUGUGGCACUCCUGGGGAACACUGUUAUCCUGUUUGUGAUCCAGGCUGAGAACAGUCUCCAUGAGCCCAUGUACUACUUCCUAGCCAUGCUGGACUCCAUUGACCUGGGCCUGUCCACAGCCACCAUCCCCAAAAUGCUAGGAAUAUUCUGGUUUACUCUUAAGGAUAUAUCUUUCGGAGGCUGCCUUGCCCAGAUGUUCUUCAUCCACUUCUUCACUGCCAUGGAAAGCAUUGUGCUUGUGGCCAUGGCCUUCGACCGCUACAUUGCCAUAUGUAAACCCCUCCGGUACACCAUGAUUCUCACCAGCAAGAUCAUCGGCAUCAUCGCAGGCAUUGCCGUCCUGAGGAGCCUGUACAUGGUGCUGCCUCUAGUUUUUCUCCUCCUGAGGCUGCCCUUCUGUGGGCACCAUGUCAUCCCUCAUACCUAUUGUGAGCACAUGGGCAUUGCCCGACUAGCCUGUGCCAGCAUCAAAAUAAACAUUAUGUUUGGCCUUGGCAAUAUUUCUCUCUUACUAUUGGAUGUACUUCUUAUUGUUCUGUCCUAUGUAAGGAUCCUCUAUGCAGUUUUCCGUCUCCCUUCCCGGGAGGCCCGGCUCAAAGCUCUGAACACCUGUGGCUCCCACAUUGGUGUUAUUUUGGCCUUUUUCACACCAGCAUUUUUCUCUUUUUUGACUCAUCGUUUUGGCCACAAUGUUCCACAAUAUAUCCAUAUAAUCUUGGCCAAUUUGUAUGUAGUUGUCCCUCCAGCCCUCAACCCUGUAAUCUAUGGGGUGAGGACCAAGCAGAUUCGAGAGCGAGUGCUAAAGAUUUUCAAGAAAGAUAAGGAACUCGUCUAG